UCCCUCCGCCCCGCUCCCUCCGCCCUCCCUGGGCUCUGAGGCGGCGGAGUGAACGGGACGGGCCCGGCCGCCGAGCGCCGAGCGGCGGGUAGGACGCCUGGCGCCUGACAGAGUUGUUGUUCCGGCAGCGUCCGCGGAGACGUGAGGUGGAUGUGGGAAGAGAAGCUUGAAGAAUUGAAAUGGAGGUCAGAGCUUCAUUGCAGAAGGUUAGUGGGUCAUCUGAUUCUGUGGCUACACUGAACAGUGAAGAAUUUGUUUUGGUUCCUCAGCAUGCUGAUGAUACUUCUACAAAAGAUGAUGAAAAACCUCAACUGAAGAUAGUUUCUAAUGGUGAUGAACAAUUGGAAAAAGCUAUGGAAGAGAUUUUGAGGGAUUCUGAGAAAGGACAAAGUAGUCUUCUUGUUGAUUGUCAAAGUUCCAAUGAGAUUUCAGACCAUUCAUUUGGAGAUGUUACAGCCAGCCAAUCAAAUAAGCCAUCUCUUCAGUUAAUUUUGGAUCCAUCUAACACAGAAAUACCUACACCCAGACCAUCUUCUCCAAGUGGGCUACCAGAAGAAGAUAGUGUCUUAUUUAAUAAACUGACCUAUUUAGGAUAUAUGAAAGUUUCGUCCCCACGUAAUGAAGUAGAAGCUUUACGGGCAAUGGCAACCAUGAAAUCUUCCAGUCAGAACCCUUUUCCUGUUACUUUGUAUGUGCCAAAUGUCCCAGAAGGUUCUGUGAGAAUUAUAAACCAAUCAAACAAUUUGGAGAUAGCAUCUUUUCCAAUCUAUAAGGUGUUAUUCUGCGCACGUGGGCAUGAUGGAACAACGGAGAGCAAUUGCUUUGCAUUUACAGAGAGUUCCCAUGGUUCAGAAGAAUUUCAGAUACAUAUUUUUUCCUGUGAAAUUAAAGAAGCAGUAAGCAGAAUUUUAUAUAGUUUCUGUACAGCCUUCAAACGUUCUUCUAGACAAGUGUCUGAUGUUAAAGACUCGAUUAUUCCAACCCCUGACAGUGAUGUGUUUACCUUCAGUGUUUCUUUGGAGGUAAAAGAAGAUGAUGGAAAAGGAAAUUUUAGUCCAGUGCCUAAGGAUAGAGAUAAAUUUUAUUUCAAGUUAAAGCAAGGAAUAGAGAAGAAAGUUGUGAUUACAGUGCAGCAACUUUCUAACAAAGAACUAGCCAUUGAAAGAUGUUUUGGAAUGUUAUUAAGUCCAGGUCGAAAUGUGAAGAACAGUGAUAUGCAUUUACUGGAUAUGGAAUCCAUGGGAAAGAGCUAUGAUGGAAGAGCUUAUGUUAUCACUGGCAUGUGGAACCCUAAUGCACCAAUAUUUCUGGCACUUAAUGAAGAAACCCCGAAAGAUAAACGAGUGUACAUGACUGUGGCAGUGGAUAUGGUAGUCACAGAAGUGGUGGAGCCUGUUCGCUUUCUCUUGGAGACUGUAGUUCGUGUGUACCCUGCAAAUGAGAGGUUUUGGUAUUUCAGCAGGAAAACUUUCACAGAGACUUUCUUCAUGAGAUUGAAACAGUCUGAGGGAAAAGGACAUUCCAGUGCUGGAGAUGCAAUAUAUGAGGUGGUGAGCCUGCAGCGAGAGUCUGACAAGGAAGAACCUGUUACUCCUACUAGUGGAGGGGGUCCACUGUCACCUCAGGAGGAUGAAGCAGAAGAAGAAAGUGAUAAUGAACUCUCAAGUGGAACAGGUGAUGUUUCUAAGGAUUGUCCUGAGAAGAUCUUAUAUUCUUGGGGAGAAUUGCUAGGACGAUGGCACAGUAACCUUGGUUCCCGACCGAAAGGGCUAUCCAGUUUGGUGAAGAGUGGUGUUCCCGAAGCGCUGAGGGCAGAAGUAUGGCAGUUACUAGCAUGCUGUCAUGACAACCAGGCAAUGCUGGAUAGAUACCGAAUUCUUAUCACGAAGGACUCAGCCCAGGAGAGUGUUAUUACUCGAGAUAUUCACCGGACAUUUCCUGCACAUGAUUACUUCAAAGAUACUGGUGGAGAUGGUCAGGAAUCACUCUACAAGAUCUGCAAGGCCUACUCCGUGUAUGAUGAAGAUAUAGGGUACUGUCAAGGACAAUCUUUUCUUGCUGCUGUACUACUGCUGCAUAUGCCAGAGGAACAAGCUUUCUGUGUUUUGGUGAAAAUCAUGUAUGACUAUGGUUUACGAGACCUCUAUAAAAACAACUUUGAAGAUCUUCAUUGCAAAUUCUACCAGUUGGAGAGACUAAUGCAGGAACAGCUACCGGACCUUCACAGUCAUUUUAGUGAUCUGAAUCUGGAAGCUCAUAUGUAUGCAUCACAAUGGUUCCUCACUCUUUUUACUGCCAAGUUCCCACUCUGCAUGGUGUUCCACAUCAUUGAUUUACUGCUUUGUGAGGGUUUGAACAUAAUCUUUCAUGUAGCCUUGGCUCUCCUAAAGACUUCAAAGGAAGAUCUUCUGCAGGCUGAUUUUGAAGGUGCUUUGAAGUUUUUCAGAGUUCAACUUCCAAAGAGGUACAGGGCAGAGGAGAAUGCCAGGAGAUUGAUGGAGCAGGCUUGCAAUAUUAAAGUACCAACCAAAAAGCUGAAGAAAUAUGAAAAAGAAUACCAGACAAUGCGAGAGAGUCAGCUGCAGCAGGAAGAUCCAAUGGACAGAUACAAGAAGGAGAAUCGAAGAUUACAGGAGGCCAGCAUGAGGCUGGAACAAGAGAAUGAUGACCUCGCUCACGAGCUGGUAACCAGCAAAAUUGCUCUGCGGAAUGACUUAGAUCAGGCAGAAGACAAGGCAGAUGUGCUGAAUAAAGAGCUCCUCCUGACCAAGCAGAGACUGGUGGAGACUGAGGAGGAGAAGAGAAAGCAAGAGGAAGAGACUGCCCAGCUAAAAGAAGUCUUCAGGAAGCAGCUAGAGAAGGCAGAAUAUGAAAUAAAGAAGACAACAGCUAUUAUUGCUGAGUAUAAACAGAUCUGUUCCCAGCUAAGUACUAGGCUAGAGAAACAGCAAGCAGCCAGCAAAGAGGAGCUGGAGGUUGUAAAGGGUAAAAUGAUGGCAUGCAAACACUGCAGUGACAUCUUCAGCAAGGAGGGUGCUUUGAAGCCAGCAGCUGUAAGUGGAGAGGACCAGGGGAUGGAAGCAGACGAUGAAAAGGACUCGCUCAAGAAGCAGCUGAGGGAGAUGGAGCUGGAACUGGCACAAACCAAACUGCAGUUGGUGGAAGCCAAGUGCAAGAUCCAGGAACUUGAACAUCAGAGAGGAGCCCUUAUGAAUGAAAUUCAAGCUGCAAAAAACUCUUGGUUUAGCAAAACCCUGAACUCUAUCAAAACAGCCACAGGCACCCAGCCCCUGCAGCCAGCGCCGCAGGCUGCCACCCCCGCCACCCAAGGAGAGCUCAUAGCUCCAGCCCCAGCCAGCACAGAGCACAGCCAUCACACAGCGGAAACCCAGGGAAAUCCUUCCUGGUGUCCUUUUGAAGGAACGUAAAGAAGGCCAGAAAGCAAGCCAGAAUCUUUCAAUAGCUCUCUUUCAUAUAUGACACUUUUCAAAGGGGUUAUUUAAGUUGAUCUGAUUUAUGUUGAAUACUUACUUUACAGCUUCUUUGUGGAAGGCCCAUGUUCAGAUUCAUCAUAGUAUUACACAUUAUUUUAUAUGCCUGAUGUUCGGUCAGAAAUAAGUAAUUCAGCGCUAAAUACUUUCUACUUAGACAUCAUUACUAAUAACAAGUUUAUCUUACAUAAAAACAGAGGCAUCUAUUAAUAAUUCCAAAGGUGAAUUGACAGGAAGACCUCUGUCACAGGAAAAAGAAAAAGAAAGGCAAGCCUGAGCCUGUACCAUUUCAGGAUGUAUCUAUUCUUAUAAAGCACAUUAUGGAGCUGGCCAUGAUCACUGUCAAGAUUCAUCUUGAAGAUGGUCCCCAAGAUAGUGAUUCUCCUGUCCGAAGGAAAAGUCAGACCAGGCACUGGAAAGUUCCCAAAGAUAAUUGGUUCAUUUUAUGUUGAGUUCAUCUGGAAAUGAAGUGCCAAGAACUGUGAAUAGCGGGGCUGGUGAGGGUACGGAAGCAAGAUUUUGAUGAACAUAAGACAAAACCGUUUUGGCUCUGGUGUUGUAGUUCCAUUCAGAAACCUUACCUGGGACUUAUAAACUCCUAGUAGGCCUAGAUGAGAACACAGAUGUAACUUCUGGCAAAUGUAAAGGCUAUGGGGGAUGUUGUGAGUUACAUACUUAGGGAACCUUGCCCAGAAAUGUCUAGAAUGGUUCAGAUUCAGUUGUUAUGCUCAGGCUGGAAGACAGAAACAGUGACAAAUUAUUGGAUGUGGACAGACUUGCUAAGAAGACAUGAAUGCUCUGUAACUUCAUUUAAGAACAUAGUAUGGGAAUGGAAACUGAGGUCAGUUUUACAUCAUCAUAGCAAAUAUUAGAAAACAUUUCCUGAUUUCUGUACCUCCCUAAAAACAUGUACCCUGGGUACCUAUAGAAGAAGAUACAGAAAAUAGAUUUGUAACAUUUUUGACUAAAUGUAGAACCUUUAUAGAAAUACUUAUGAAAAAGUAAGGCUGCUGUUCAAAAUUUGUUAGAAAUAUUUUUAAAUUAUAUUUGACAUGCCUAUAUAAUAAUUUCUCCAUUUUCUAAGCUGUUUUGGAGAGCUCUAUUUCAUUCACACCAACCGAAUUGUAUACAGUAACACUUAGGGAUAUUCAUUCUUAGCUUCAUUGUUUGCAAAACCAUAUUGUUUGCAAAGGAUCUGAAACUGAGUGCUAGAGAGCUUCUCUUUUGUGCCAUAAGUCACAUGAUAUGUAACCUUCUUAGACAGAGUCAAGUAAGAGUUUUCUCCGAUCCAGGAGUAUGUACUACAAGUUGCUUAUGAUAGAUCCUACAAUGAUCUUUAUGUUCUCAGAGUGAAAUCCUGUUCAUCUGUGUUUAUUUCAUCUCCAGUCCAUAAGACUGAUAAAGUUAUUUGAUCUAUGUUAUUUGUCCAAUAAUACUUUCCCUGUAGAUUUUGUUGUUCAGAUACCUCUCAUCAUGAGAUUCAUUUCCUUUUACUGAAAGGGAAAAUAACCCAGCAUUCCAAGUGUUGUUGUUGACUUUAACAUUCCCUACAUAGUGGUUUAGAUAAGCUAAUAUUUUUUGUAAAAUAUUAUAGCUAGAAAAUUACACCUUGUUUCUGUAAGUUGUAUAGUAUAGUCUGUUAGCUUUCCUAGUUCUUUAUGCUUUGAUUCCAAGAAGCCCUGUGCAAGUUACCUUUUCAGAUGGCAAGCUAAAUUAAAGAUGCAUUUCUGUGUUAUGAACUUUAGAGAGUCAUACAAGAUCUUUUUAACUUCUGAAAAUAAAUGUAUUCCACACAAUGCCUAUGUAGCUUGUUUUCCCUAAAUGGCAAGUGAGAUCAAUAGAAUGGCUAUAGGCUGAGCCCUUGUCUGUGGACAGUGUCAUACCCCACCCCUUCCCCUUUAUAUAAAAUCACCAGGUGCAUACAUUCCACAAGUUUGAAAAACCUAUGUUCUUCAGUUUUAACUCUUAAAAAGAUAAAAGGGGUAUAUGUACCGGUCCUGUGUCUAAACUGCCCAUUACUGCAUUGCCUUGGGUUGGCAGCAGUAAUGAAGACUGAAGAAAAAUUUUAAUUUGGUUUAUGACAUAUAAUAGGCUUCUUUAUAUAAUACAUUAUACUAGCAGUUUUCCAAACCACAUGUCCUUCAUUGUCUAGCGUCUGAAAAUUCCUCCUUAUACUUAUUUUAUUUUAAUUUCACAUAUAUAUAUAUAUAUAUAUAUAUGUAUAUAUAUUUCCCCCUCCCUUGAGAACAGGAUUUCACUAGGUAGAGCCCAGGCUGGCCUCAAACUAAUAGUCCUCCCACCUCAGCUUCUCAAAUACUAAAACUACAGGUAUGCAUCACCACAGCCGGCUGAAAAACUCUUCUCUUGAAAACCUGUCAGAUAUCAACCAGCCAAAUAUCUAGGAAAUUUUUGAACAUGCUAAUAUUUUUUAUCAUUUCUUCAGAUGUACACUGUAUAAAACAUUCCUCUAAAACUCUAGUAUUUACAAUAUCUGAAAAGUGAUCAUUUCUGCUUUCAUAAAUUCUGUAGAAUUAAGUGAAUAAAACUCAGCCUAGUAGUUCAGUUCAUUAGCUUUUACUUAUUGAAAAGCUUACUUAACACAUUCUUUAAAGCUGACAGGAACUAAGCUGAUUUCACAGUGUGUAUGUUUGCUGGUGGCCUCAUCCCCAGGGGAUAUCACAAUUUGUAUAUAAUUUAAUGCAAAGAUAUUCUCAGUUACCUAAUGUUCGGUAUGACAUUCCUAGGAAUGUCAAAGAGGCCUGUUACAUUUCUUUUCAUACAAAAAAAUAUCUCCCCCUCUCUCAGCUAUUAAAUUAGUACUUUUUUUCCUCACUCGUUUUCUUAAAUUUACCUGACAAAGUAGAAAAGAAACCGUUGUACUGAUUUUGGGAUAUUUAAUAAUAUUUAUUAUAUUUCAAUUUCUAAAACUGUCCAUUCUUUCCUACUAUGUAUUAAUAUUUAUUUAUUUUUAACUCCUACCCCCACUUUCUCCAAAUAUUUUUUCAGUUAUUAACCAGUUGGCUUCAUUUCCUAUCUGAAGAAAAUGAGGACAAUAUAGAAGAGAAGGCACAGAAGAUAAAGUUAGACCCUUAAAGGUAUCUAUCAGUCACCUAGGAAAGAACCACAUGGUCAGCUGAUUUAAGUCAUUGAGCUUUCCUUUCCUUUAGCUGAAAUCAAGCCUGCUAACUAUCUUACCAACCUUGUGCAUCAACACACUAAUGUGGUUGUCUGAUUUUUAGGAGUUGAGAGGACAUUUAAAAUAUGUUUUUUUAACAUUUGGGAAAGAACACUUUUAAUUACAUGGAAAUUGGUUUUAUUUAUAGACAUUACCCUUAAACACUCUAAAAUAAUCCUGUUGUUCAACUACAAAUAAAUAAGAGAACAAAUGAAUUCCAUUGUAUGAUUUAAAGUUGUAAGUGAGUGUGUGUGUGUGUGUGUGAGAGAGAGAGAGAGAGAGAAAGGUGGAAUUUUAUAUAGAGUAUAGAGAGUCUUCUGUAUACAUAGAUACCAUGCACUGAAAUUUCAAAACGUGAUAAAAACUAGAAGGCCAGACCAACACCUCUGUGGCCUUGUUUCCCACUACUUGAUAGAAAACUCUAGUCAUUGUGCUGAUGGUCAGCUAGAACAGUUUGAAAGCAUUGUUCUUUGUUCAGUGGCAUUUCUAGGACAUAGUCAAGGCCCUUUACCUUAACAACUUCCUUACGUUUUAAAAUCUACAAAAAUGAGGACUCCAGUGAGGGCUGUAUCUCAACAGGCAAUGCUGAUUUUAAUGUGUAAGGAGAAAAGUAGGUGUUUAUGGGAUUUUAAUGAUUGCAGUCUGCUCUCUUGUAUGUCUUUCUCGAUUUCCAUCUUAAAAACUACAUGUCAAGCUUACCUCCAAAUGAGUUUUUUACUUGAUAAUAAAAACAUCUUCAAUAUAUCCCUUUUACAUGCCCCAUCCUUGGUUUAUCUUUAGUUGUAUUCUACAAAGUUUAAGAAAAAUGCAUUAUUGAGGAGAAACUAUUUUGAUAUUUUCCUUUUCCACUGACAAUUGAUUAACAUGUAAAAUAUUUCUCUUCCAAUUGUACUUCUAAUAACUAUAUGCUAUAUGGAAUAAAAUAGGGAAACCUGAUGUGUGAGAAUACAACUGCAUCAAAAGAUACUUGUGUUGAAAGCACAAGAAUAAAGCUGGAAAUGGUCCCAGAAUCCAACAUGUUCCCAAUAGCCUUUUGCAUCAGUUUCUCUAUUUUUGGUAUUUUACAUAAUAUAUGGAUUCUUAGUUCACAUAAGGAGAAAGAUUUCUCAGUUGUUCUCACUUUAUUCGAGCUCCUACCUUUCCUUUGCUGAAGAGGUAGUAGAAAUUCUGUACUAUUAUGAAACUUAUGAUUUUUCCCACACCAUCUGUAAUGAAAACAGGUAAUGUAAUAAAGGAGUUGAUUAGUCUUGACAGUGCUAAUUGACUGCAAAAGAAACAUUGGUCAUCAGCUUCUUCCUCUAUAAACAAUGACCAGUUAGAUGUUACCUUAAUUCCAUGUAUUAUGCAUAGUACACUCUAUAAAUGUAAAUGUAAUGCUUGUGAAGAAAUGUGCAAUUUAUUGUACAUUGUCCCAACAAAUGUUUACUUUUAUAAUCAUUAUGAACUUGAAUUACUAUCUUGUUUUCAUGUGUGAAUGAAACAUUGUAAAAUAAAUAAAUGCAACCAAGAAGGUGACAAGGUGA